AUGGCGGAGGAGGAAGUGAGCAACAAGCAGAUAAUUCUGAGGGACUACGUGAGUGGAUUUCCCAAAGAGUCCGAUAUGAUUUUCAAGGAGACUAUCGUCAAAUUGAAAGUUCCAGAAGGUUCGAACGCUAUUCUGAUGAAGAAUCUCUACCUUUCCUGUGAUCCCGCCAUGCGAUUUCGCAUGAAGAAGAUGGAAGGGAGCUACGUCGAUUCCUUCGUUCCUGGUUCUGCAAGUUCUGCUGUUGUUGAUCACGGCAUUACUUCUACAGUUUUAGGAGAUGGAUUUGUUUUUGAACAAUUCUUAAAGUACUGUGUUACUACUAUAAUAUUGUAA